AUGCUACUUAUGCGACCGGACAAAUCCGUGGUCGAGCCCAGACUACCAACACCGAAUGUGGUGAUCACGUGUGCCGAGUCGGACGACAAACCACCGUGUGUUGGGUCUCAAUCUGCUCGGGACCCGUGCAGCUCAUUGGACCGUGGAUUGAAUCCGCUGGAACAGUUUCAUGUUGAGAUAUUUCGUAUUCUACGCCGACUCACGGUGUUCGAACGAAAUCGGCGCCUAAUCAAAACACUGCUACCCGCCUCUGUACUCUCCGUUUUGCUCGAGAUGCACCACAAGGAUCGACGGAAUGAAACUAGUGACUCGGACGAGAUUGUUCUGUAUGGUUUAGCGAAAAGUUGGAGCAAUUUAGAGGACGAGGAACGCGUUCACAUAUCCAAAGCUCUGAGUGCGUGUGAUUUGUCAAAGUCACCCAAGCAUUAUAUCCGUGAGUACGCUAUCACUGAGUUGCUUGGAAGUGGUGCAUUCGGUCAGGUGUACAAAGCACGCAAACAAAUUCCGGCUCAAACAGUGUACGCCAUCAAAGAAGUCAGCACUACCCAACCGAUGUUUGGGCACACGGUCCAAGAAAGAGAGAAGAGCAUUGGUCGUAUACUGAAUGAGGUCAAUAUCAUUCGUCAACAGAUGAGACAUCCGAACAUUGUGCGAUACUACAAAACAUUUAUUCAUGAUGAAAAGUUGUACAUUGUCAUGGAAAUGCUCGACGGACUCUCCCUGACCGAACUGAUCGGUUCAAUGCGAGACAAAGGGGAACGGUUUGCGGAAUCACGCGUGUGGCAUAUCUUUAUUCAACUAGUCGUUGCACUGCGUUAUUUGCACCGCGAGAAAGGAAUCUUGCAUCGGGAUCUGUCCGCGAACAAUAUCAUGCUCGGUGAAGGAGACAAGGUGACAAUAACGGAUUUUGGUCUGGCUCGACAAAAACAGUGGGACACGUUCAAGAUGAUAUCCACUGUCGGAACUCUUGUCUACUCUUGUCCUGAAAUUGUACAGAACAUCCCAUACGGUGAGGGAGUAGACAUUUGGGCCUUAGGAUGUAUACUUUACCAGAUUUGCACAUACACCCCACCGUUCCAGGCAGAAUGUAUCCUAACUGUGGCCUCACGUAUUGUCAAAGGAGUGUAUACCCCGGUGGCCGAAGUUUGUCCAGGACUGUAUUCUCCAUUGAUGGAUGAGGUGAUUGCAGUCUGUCUCACUCCAGACCCCACCAAGCGUCCAGAUAUCCUGGGCGUCGCAACGCACUUGACCGAACCCAUACUCGUGGAACUAAACGCCGCCCGGUUGACCGCGUACCAAGCAAAGUGUCGGCUGAAAGAAUUUCGAGAUCAGUUCAAUCCGUCCUGUGCAAUGGUACACUCCGGAACAGUGGAUCAGGUACGUCGGAACAGUUCAUUCUCUGGCUUAUCCGGUUCCGGUAGUCCCCGAACCACGAGCGCAUCCACGAUCCGGAUCGCGCAGACACAACUGAAACCGGUCGAGGACCCGAUCCUCGGUAUUGUGACUAUCGUACGGAAAUUUGAACGUCUGAGUCGGACGCCAGUUGUUCGAAACGGGCAUCAUCAAGUGUUACGUCAAUUAAUAGACAAGUAUGUAUGA